UGUUCGUCGUCAAUCGAUCCCUUGCUCACUCCGCCGUGAUUUCUGUUCUUACCUUCUUAAAUAACUCUUGAGACGGGCGGGAUAGCGGACAAGCGCACUUAGAACCAUUGUGCGGUUGCGCUAUGCGCAACGUAUUGCUCCUCCUAUCUUGGCCUCUGUUCGCGCUCGGUCGGCCAAACGAGACCAAGCUUGUGUAUAGCUAUCUGCUCGAAUCAAGUUCCAGCGUCUGCACCUACAAGAUGGGUGAGGUCGAGAGGACACUCUUUCUCGAAACGCCGUUCAUAGAAGCAAGGACGUACCUAAGGAUCACUAGCAAGUUGUCCUACACGACUAUCAUCGAGCCUGCCUAUCUCAUCAAGAAGGCCGAGACUUUUGUCAAAGAUGCUCCUGCCGACACCGAUCGAGCAACUAUGAUCUUCGAAGUCGUCGUGCCGCUGCAGCCUGCAAAUCUGAAUGAUCUGGAAAAGCAUUGCUGCGAGUUUUCAUGGCUUCUCCGAGCCGAGGCUUCCAUCCUGCCGGGCCGCAAGCGCAUUGAUGCACGAUUGCAAAAGCCCAUCAUCAAGUGUGAUAAGUUCACGCCCACAAUGUGCGCGGGACCUGCAUCUAUGACGUGCGUUACUCGAGUCGGUCAGCUGAUCUGGGAAUCGAAGAAGUCUCGCGUGCCCGGUAUCGACACGUAAUCGAAGGUGUCCUUACAACGUAUUACUCCUUUCGUAGCUCCUCUCGUCUCUCGACGUGCCGUCGCGCUUCGCAUCCCGUUGCUACCACACCAUGUUCAUUUUUGUGCUACUCUUCGUCGGCCUCGUGCUCGCUGUCAAGCCCCGCAACAUCAUCUCUUACGCGUAUGUGAUUGACUCGGGCAGUGCUGUCUGCCAGUACAGAUCGGGCCUUAAGGAUACAAUUUUGACCUUCCAAGUCGGUGUGCUUGAUGCAAAGGCCACCA